CGAUUCGGGCCAGAAGCAAACGAACAUGUUCUUCGACCGUCUGGCAUUUCGCGUGGCGGGCACCACAGACUUCGCCAAAUUGUUCACAUGGAUCCCGCAAAUGCUGCUGCAAUUCAUCUUUUUCUGGCCGAAGCAGAAAACGUACUUGAAAACGGUUCUGUUCGCCAUCGCAAUGGUCUUCUUGAUCUUCAUUAACGUGGGACUGGCAGUGGAAUUCAGUUCCACUUUCGACGAUUUGGUCAGAUUCGUAAUGCACGUCACUUAUAUCACAGUCACGGUCCAGGGUACAGCAAAGACGCUGGUAAUAUACAUCAACAACGGCGAAUUAGAAGUAAUUUUGGAUGACAUAAUGACCAAAUUCUGGCCCUACGACUUGCUAGAAACGAAAUUAAAGAAGGAAUUGAAAUCCUUCUACUACGUCAUCGUCAUCAUCAUGAUAUCGCUGGUAACGUUCGGAGUGCUCUACAGCUCGAUGAUCAUGAUAACGCCUUGGGCGUCUCGCAAGUUCCCGUUCGACGUGUCUUAUCCAAACAUCGAUUACAAUGCGAGCCCGUACUACGAGCUCAUUUAUUUGGUGCAAAUCUUCACGAUACAGUACUUUCUGUUCUGUUUGGUGCUUGGUUGUGAUUAUUCGUUCCUGGCAAUUUGCUCGUGCGUCAUAGCGCAGUAUAAGCUGUUGCAGAACGCUCUGAUGGCGUUCCACACGCCUCUCAUGGAAGAGGUCAAUCGGAAAUUGAGGCGAAUUGGCAACGACGGUCUCGAAGGGAAGAUGUAUCCCAUUCAUAAGGAGUAUUUCAUAAGAUGUGUCAAUCACCAUCAUUUGCUUUUGGGAAUUACUAAAAAAAUGAACAGUAUGUUCAGUUCAAUCGAGAUGGUCCAACUUAGUUGCAGUAUGACUGGAGUCUGUAUAGGAUUGUUUUCCUUAACAGCUUUGGAAGAUCCACCUGUUUCGUCCUUAGUCAUUAUAUUGAGCUUCACAGCCAUAUAUUUCAAUGAAUUGUUCGUAUAUUGCGCUAUAGGAAAUGAACUUCAUUACCAGGCUAGUUUCUUGCCUGAGUUCGUAUUUAAAAGCAAUUGGAACGAAUUGGCCGAUAAGGAAUUGACGCGAGAUUUUAUGUUCAUGUUGCAGCGAUCGCAGGAUAUUCCCCAGUUGAGCGCUUAUAAUUUAUAUGACAUUAAUAUGGAAUCUUAUAUCAAAGUUUUUAAGCUAUCAUUUUCUUUCUACACUUUUCUCACUACGAUGAAAGAGAAAUAAUGAAAGUUUGAUAAUUAUUUUUGGUCACUUGUUACAAUUAAUUAUCUUAAUUGCAUUACUGAAUAAAAUUAGAAAAUAUUCACUCUUAUAAUCCUCUUCAAGAAUUAAUUAUGCAGAA